UUUCUAAAAUGGCGAGAAGAAAGAGCAAAAGUACUAGAGAAAAUGUGAAAAUCGAUAGAAACCUAAUCAAUUCAGCUUGGAGAACUUUUACCUCGGCUGACUUACAUACUGCAACAAACAACUUUAGCAAAGAAAAUCUAAUUGGAAAGGGUGGCUAUGCUGAAGUUUACAAAGGAUGUUUGCCAGAUGGACAACUUGUUGCCAUCAAACGACUCAACAAAGGAGUGUCGGAGGAGCAUGUAGUAAACUUUUUGUCUGAGAUUGGAAUAAUUGCACAUGUGAAGCAUCCUAACACUACAAAAAUGGUUGGUUAUGGAGUUGAAGGAGGGGUAUAUCUUGUUCUCCAGUUAUCAAAGUUUGGGAGUUUGAGUUCACUUCUUCAUAAUUCAACAAAAAAACUAGAUUGGAGAACAAGAUAUAAGAUAAUUCUCGGAAUAGCAGAAGGCUUAUUAUAUUUACAUGAAUAUUGUGAACGACGAAUUAUUCAUAGAGAUAUCAAAGCUGAUAAUAUCCUAUUAUCGGAAGAUUUCGAGCCUCAGAUCUGCGAUUUUGGGCUCUCAAAAUGGUUACCGAAACAAUGGUCCCAUAACAAUGCCACAAAAUUUGAAGGCACUUUUGGAUACUUUGCUCCUGAGUACUUUAUGCAUGGGAUCUUCGAUGAGAAAACCGAUAUAUUUUCCUUUGGAGUGUUACUUUUGGAGAUUAUAACUGGACGACCUGCAUUGGAUGAAUCAAAGAAAAGCCUUUUGCUUUGGGCAAAACCUUUGCUAGAUAGCAAUGCAAUUACGGAAGUUCUGGAUCCUUCUCUGAGUAACGAUUAUGAUCCAACAGAGAUGGGCCACGUAGUUUCAACUGCAACUAUGUGUACUGAACAAAGUCCAGUUCUUAGGCCCCGAAUGCACCAGGCAAGAUGCAAUUAUCUUUUUGUCAUACGAUAA